UUGGAUUCUUUUUUUUUAUUUUAUUUUUUUGUGGGUAAGUAUUUUUAGAAAGUGACAAGUUGUUUAUUUUUGGGAGGGUUAAAUUUAUGAAAUUCUGUAUAUGAAAAGCUCCUCUGUCUUUCUGUCCCUCCCUGACCUGUGUCUGCAACAACCACAGAAAUUUGUCAUUCUGUUUAAAAAUAUAUAUAUAGUUUUUCAAACUAUUUUGUUCUUCUAGGUGGAAAAUAGGCAGUUGGGAGGAACAGAAAAUUUUUGUUAGGAAUUCUAGAGAGAUAAUUCAUUUGCAAUGAAUAUGUUGCUGGAGUUUACAGUUUUCUAUUCAUUCUUAUGUAUCACACUAGAAUUUCUUUCUGUUGGCAUGCCUCAUCCAAAAUCAUUAGGUAAAUGUUUGGAUUGUCAGGGUAAAACUAUAAGGAAACUAGAAGACCAACAUUUUCCCAUGAAAUGGCAUCUGUUGGGUUGACAUCUAUGGGUGUUGGUGUUGAUAGGUUGCCUGAGGAGAUGAGUGCCAUGAAAAUUAGGGAUGAUAGAGAAAUGGAAGAUAUAGUUGUUGAAGGUAAUGGAACGGAUAAAGGGCAGAUAAUUGUCACAACUAUUGGUGGUAGAAAUGGCCAGCCAAAGCAGACACUAAGUUACGUUGCUGAGCGUGUUGUUGGGCAUGGAUCAUUUGGAGUUGUUUUUCGAGCAAAGUGCUUGGAGAGUGGUGAAACUGUGGCCAUAAAGAAAGUUCUUCAAGACAAAAGAUACAAGAACCGUGAGCUGCAAACUAUGCGUCUUCUAGACCACCAAAAUGUUGUUUCUUUGAAGCAAUAUUACUUUUCAACCACUGAAGGAAAAGAUGAACUUUAUCUUAAUUUGGUACUUGAGUAUGUUCCUGAAACCAUUCACCGCAUGGUUAAACACUACAGCAAGAUGAACCAAAGGAUGCCUAUGAUAUAUAUUAAGCUUUACAGUUACCAGAUUUUUAGGGCGUUAUCUUACAUUCAUAACUGCAUCGGAGUUUGUCAUCGGGACAUUAAGCCUCAAAAUCUUUUGGUGAAUCCAUACACCCACCAAGUAAAAUUAUGUGACUUUGGAAGUGCAAAAGUUUUGGUGAAAGAUGAGCCAAAUAUAUCUUAUAUCUGCUCUAGAUAUUAUAGAGCACCAGAGCUUAUAUUUGGAGCAACUCAGUAUACUACUGCAAUUGAUAUCUGGUCUGCUGGUUGUGUUCUUGCAGAGCUAAUGCUUGGACAUCCUCUCUUCCCUGGUGAUAGUGGAGUUGAUCAACUAGUUGAAAUUAUCAAGGUUAUGGGCACUCCUACAAAGGAAGAGAUUGAAUGCAUGAAUCCUUACUACACAGAGUUCAAAUUUCCUCAAAUCAAAGCUCAUCCAUGGAACAAGAAAUUCCACAAGCGUAUGCCUCCACAAGCUAGUGAUCUGGUUUCAAGACUCUUGCAAUACUCUCCUAACCUACGGUGCUCGUUGUUGGAGGCCUUAACCCAUCCAUUUUUUGACGAACUUCGUGAUCCAAACACUCGCCUAACAAAUGGGCGUGUUCUUCCCCCACUGUUCAACUUUAAACCUCAUGAAUUGAAGGGAGUUCCAGUGGAUAUUUUGGUGAAAUUGAUCCCAAAGCAUGCAAGAAAACAAUGCUCCUUUCCUGGUUUGUGAUUGACCUUGCCGGUAUUGUCCCUCAUAUGGAAGCUAAAAAUGGCAACAUUCCUCCAUGUAUCACCUUGUUUGGUAUUUAAAAAAAAAAAAUGUAUAAAUAAAUAAAAGUAGAAAAACAGUUCUAGAUGUAUUUUAUCUGAUAUCUUGCUCAAAUUUCACAUUGUAAAUUAACACUUGUAAAUUGUCACAAUUUUAAAUAUUUACAAUAAAUUGAAUUAUAAUUGACA